GGUGAUGGCUGAUGAGAAUGUGACUGCAACUAGCCCUCCAGAUGACGUGUACGGCCAGGCACCAACGGGAUGGCUCAUCCCCGUGUACCUCGUGGUUAGCAUCAUUGGAAUCGUGGGCAACAGUUUGGUCAUCGUGAUCAUAUCAUCCGUCCGGAAGAUGCGUUCGACAACCACCAAUCUGCUUAUUUUGCACCAGUCUGUGAUCGACCUAACCAGCGCCGUGCUCAUGGCAUCUGUAGUUCUCUCUGAGGUUGCUGCAUCUGCCGACUACGUCAUGUCCUUGUCUGCUUGCAUGUUCUGGUUCAGCCGCUACCCUGUGUGGUCCUGCUUCAUGGUCUCUACAAUCAACCUGAUGGCGCUUACGCUGGAGCGCCACCACGCCAUCGUACGGCCACUGCGCCACAGCACCGUCUACAGCCCGGCCCGGGUGACGAGGUUCUUCGCAGUAUUCUGGGUGGCCGGAUUUGUCCUUCUCAGCAACCUGAUAUUCAUGUCCGACGUGUUAUACGACAAGUACUGUCUUUUCGCUCGUUUUGAGAGCGAGGUGGUGCAGCAUGCAGUCGGUGUUGUCACUGUGGUCUUGUUCUAUUUGAUCCCUCUGACCGUGAUGGUCUUCACUUACUCCAGCAUCCUGCGUGAGGUCAGGCGGACCUCACCAGAGAGGAACAGAGGGGAGGGCGCUAGGGGAGUGCAACCAGGGACGCAAGAGCGCUUGGAGAAAAACAUCCUCAAGGUCUUGGCUCUGGUGGUGAUGGUCUAUGUGGUUUGUUGGAGCCCCAAUCAGAUCCUGUACCUCUACUACAGUCUGGGGGGUCAUUUGGACUUUGCUGGGGCCUUCUACCACUUGACUGUGGUGUUGGUGACGUGUAACAUGAGCGUCAAUCCCUUCGUCUAUGCGCUCAAAUACCAUCAGUUUCGCGAAGGCCUCGUAGCGGUGUUCUGCGGAAAAGGUCGCAAGACGCUGGUAUGCGCAGAUUCAGAGAGUAACGUGGUACAAAACAAAACAGAGCUAGUCAGUGAAAAUCGGGAAAUGGACGUCGUCCAGGGUCCGGUUUAAAAUUUGUAGACAAAGUUCUAAAUUUGCAUUUGGGCAAUUUCACCGUCACUCACGUUACAUUUAAUAUGCAAAAGGCUACUUUGACCUCUCACUGCUUCAAAAGUAUUUGAUCCAACUGAAUCAAACCAGCCACACAACAACCUUGGGGUAAGGGGUACUCAAAAAUGGGGAAAAAAUAUUCAAUUCAUUCAUUUACGUUUUGAAAACGUGUUUUGUUGGUCGUCAGCCACGUUACACAAAAAGUUAGGACAUGAUGGAAAAUUGUCCUGCAAUUUUGUUGUUACAGUCUCCUCCAACUGUAGUCUGCCACACAGAAGUAAUAUUAUGUCACCUUUCAUUCAACCCAUAGCUAGAUAUAAAAACCCAUUUUAAAUCAAAUAAGUGUGUAUUUUAGAUGCAAGGGACGUUAGAUUACAGGGAGGUACCGUCACUCACGUGACGUCACUCACGUUUACUUCCUUUUCAUGGUUUCUAACACGGCAUAGAAUCUGAGUUUCAUGAACUGCAACAUAAUGAAACUCUUUUCUUAUAAUUAUGAACCUUUCUCUCUGCCUUAAACACAGAAACUCUCAAGACCAGUCACAUUUUGCAUGUUAAAACAAGGUGCCAAAAUGACUACCAAAAAUCCAUGA